CCAAAGUCAAGCUUUCUGUAACCAACAAAGUCAUUGAAUGACUGGCACAGUCGAUUGGUAUCCACCGAAUGGUCAAGUUCGAUAAAAUAAAGCUAAAGCCCAUCAGUUCAACAAAUAAGUAACUGGCAGUAAGUACAAGUGGCCGAAAAGAGUGAAGUGUGUUUAUAAUUGAAGAAGCGAAAGUUGUCACAAUUGCAGUCGUAUAGCGUAUAAUACAUUUAAUAUUGGCAUCCGUGAUCGAGUGAUUUAUAAAUAAAUAUGCCUAAAUCAUUCUUCUACGAUGAACCCGUUCCUAACGAACUAAUUCCAAAAAUGAUAAUAACCGGUGGAUAUACAUCUGUGUACACAGAAGAAGCACCUUUGGUACCGAUUGUUGGCGAUUGGAAGAAAAGGUAUUGCACUUUAGCUGAGUCAUUUACUCCAAUACUUGACAGAGUGCAUAAUUUCGAAGUAAGAGAAAGUGAUGUCUGGAUACUAACAAGUACUAAAUGCGGUACAACAUGGGCACAAGAAAUGACCUGGUUAAUAUUGAAUGAUUUUGAUUUCGAAAAAGCAAAAGAAGUAGAUCUCACAUUACGAUCACCUUUUCUGGAGUUCAACGGUGUUGUGCCAAAUGUAGAGCAUGAUACUAUGAAACAUGCUGAAGAAAUGGAUUCACCAAGACUAAUCAAGUCACAUCUCCCAAUACCACUUUUGCCAAAACAACUCUGGACUAAGAAGCCCAAGAUUAUUUACGUCUUCCGAAAUCCAAAAGAUGCUGCAAUAUCUUAUUUCCACCAUUGGAGGGGCAUGGUUGGCUACAAAGGAACCAAAGAAGAAUUCAUGCAUGCUUACAUGGAUGGUUACGUGAAUUUCAAUCCAUUCUGGCCACAUGUCCUGGACUUUUGGCAUUUGCGCGAAAAGCAAAAUAUUUAUUUCACCAGCUAUGAACGUAUGAAAUUCGAUCUUCGUGCUGUUGUAUCAGACGUUUGCCAAUUUUUGAAUAAAAAAAUUUCAUUUGAUGAAAUGGAAAAACUUGUGGAUCAUUUGUCAUUUGAUAAAAUGAAAGUAAAUCCCGCAUGCAAUCAUGAGAAAGAAUUCCAAAGUAUCAAACAAGCAGCUGGAGUGGAAGUUGAGGAAUUCAGCAGAUUCGUCCGAAGAGGUGUAGUUGGAAGUCAUAAGGAUGAAUUGCCACAUGAAGUAAUUGAAGAAUUCGAUGAAUGGACUGACGAUAAUUUAAAAGAUUUUAAUCUAACAGUUGAUGAAAUAAUUUCAUAUCAUAAAUAUUAGGAAAAAAAUAAUAAUUUCGAUUAUUCUUAAGAUACAAUUAAUUUAUAUAAAUAUAUUCAAUAGAUAAUAAUCAUUAUUUUCUUAAAUUCUCAUUUAA